AUGGAUGGAAAACAUAUCCGAAUAGAUUUUCCUUUUAAAUCGGGAUCGUCUUAUUACAAUUACAAAAAUUUUGCGAGUGUUGUAUUAUUGGCUGUCGUUGAUGCGCAUUUAAGAUUUAUAUAUAUUGAUUUAGGCUGUAAUGGGAGAUUGAGUGACUCUCAUAUAUGGAACAAGUGUAGCCUCAAAUCUCACUUGAACAGUAAUAAUCUUUCUUUGCCUCAACCAUCUCUAUUACCAGAAUGUAACGCUAAUUUUCCAUAUGUAUUAGUUGGCUAUGAGAUUUUCCCUCUUACAACGAAAUUACUCAUUCCAUAUCCAAAAGAUCAAUGUCGUAAUCGGCUAGAUAGAAGAAUUUUUAAUUAUAGACUAUCACGUGCCAGACGCUGUUCAGAAAAUGCAUUUGGUGUACUGGGUGCAAGAUUUCAGAUUUUUCGAACAGCUAUGAGAUAUGACCCUGAUGAUGCAAUUCGAAUUACAAUGACCUGCUGUUGUCUCCAUAAUAUGUUGCGCAGUCAAGCUAUAGGUUGUGCUAGGUAUACUCCACCAAAUUUCCUCGAUGAAGAAGAUAUAUUAACAGGUCAUAUGAGAUUUGGUGAAUGGAGACUGGAAUCAACUAAUGGCUUAGUUCAAUUGUGUCAUCACGGUGGAAACCACCAUGCAACUGAUGCUCGCCUUCUUCGAAACACUUGGACUGAAUAUUUUAAUGAACCUGGGGCUGUACCGUGGCAAGAGCGAGUCGUACUUGGACAAAAUGCAUCUUAA